AAUUACAUAAUAGUCUUGUGCAAAUCAUUUCAAGAUAUAUACCGAUAUGGUACCCAUUAUGAAUCCUCUUGGUAAAAUGGUUAUGGCUUUGUUGCUGUUUGUAGCGCUCGUAGAUUCAAAGUCCCUCGAUAAAUGGAUUAGUUAUUCGAAAAAUGGUUUUGAUUCACAAGUAAAAAGGGACGUCGUAGGAAAUUCUGGUAAACAAGCACUGGAUUUAGCUUUUGUUAUGGACUGUACUGGGAGCAUGGGAUCGUAUAUAGAUACCGCUAGACAACAUAUUCAGACCAUUGUGGACGAAAUUGUAACUAAUUCUAACACCACAGUUCGCUUAGCAUUGAUUGAAUAUAGAGAUCAUCCUCCACAGGACAAUACGUUUGUUACAAAAACAUAUGAUUUCACAGAUUCUGUGUUCAUGAUGAAAAUUUGGCUAAAUGCUGCGCGCGCCACUGGAGGUGGGGACGGUCCUGAGGCUGUGGCUGAAGCUUUGUUCAAAGCCACGAAACUGUCAUGGCGUCCCGAAGCUACCAAAAUAACUGUACUGAUUUCUGAUGCACCUCCCCAUGGACUCGUUCCGUCGCAAGACAGUUCGUUCCCUAACGGAUCUCCUACUGGACACGAUCCAAUGAAGAUAGUUCGUGACAUAGCUCAAAUGGGCGUGACCUUAUAUGUUAUUGGUUGUGAACCAGCUAUACUUCCAUAUAAAGACUUUUUCAUGGCACUUGACUAUUUGGCUGGUGGGCAAUACGUUCCUCUGUCGAGACCAGAACUUCUGGUUGAUGUUAUAACGGGCGGCGCCAAAGAAGAACUAUCAAUUCAGAAAUUUGAAAAGCUCGUGAAGGCUGAGGUCCAGAAAACUAUUGCAGCAGGAGGCUCUGUUGAUAAACAGUUAAUUUCACAAACUGUAUAUAAUGAGCUGGUUAAUUCGGGAGCAACGUCGACUCAUUUGUUAUUAAACAAUGCAACGUUAGAAGGUACAACGGAUGCCGCAAAACAAAUAGCAUCGGCAACAUCUAUGGCGGAAGUACGACUUCAUUUCCAUAUGGCAACUGCAACACAUGUCUCUUAUCCAGGAACAGGUACAGGAGUGUUCACAGGAACGUUGACAGGAACAUUUACCGGAACCGGAACAGGCACAGGAGCAUUUACAGGAACAGGAACAGACACAGGAGCAUUCACAGGAACAGGAACAGGCACAGGAGCAUUUACAGGAACCGGAACAGGCAAGGGACCAUACACAGGAACAGGCAUAGGAACGUUAACCGGAACAGGAACCGGAACAGGCACAAGACCAUACACAGGAACAGGAACCGGAACAGGAACCGGAACUGGAACAGGAGGCACAGGAAUGUUUACAGGAACCGGAGCAGGCAUAGGAACGUUAACAGGUACCGGGGACAAAUAUAGUGCUGUUCAUUCGGGAAUUAGUGUGGACCAAGUCGACAGAUUAGUACAGAAAGUUAUUGGUUGA